AUGGAAAAUAUCCUCUACCGUAAGCCACUGGUAAUGGAUUGUAGUGUUCAUGAACAUUGUUUCAAUUGUUUCAAGAAAACCUGUACAAUAACCCCUGAUGGAUUUAAUAGUUGUAGACUUAUAGACUGUGAUCAUGGUUGUGGAUUUCGGUUUCAUGAAUGCAAGCUUCGAGAACAUGCAGAUGUUUGCCAGAAAGCCAAAGUUCCAUGUACCAAUUCCUUAUAUGGAUGCCGCCAUGUUAUGCCCAGAUCAAAAAUUGGUGCUCACCUUGAAUACUGCCCUGCUAGCGUCAUGUGUUGUCCCUUAGAAUGGAAUCGCUGGCCACUUCAUUCUCAAGAACAGAAUUUCAAAAUGGCGCUUCCUACCGAAACUUUCCCUGUCAAUUGUGGUCAAUUAGAUGUUGCCUUGGCUUUACGAGAUCAGAGAAUGCUUAUUGACUCUUUCAAAGUCCCAUCUAAGACAAGACAUAGCUUAAGAAAUAGUUUCACAAAGAAAUAUCCUGCAGCACCUAUCAAUCAUCGUGGCUGCUCUGUAGAAUCUGAUGACUAUACUUCUGAAGAUACUUCCCAUGGGAUUUCUGAUGAUGAUGAUGCUCCCUGGAAACUUGGUCGUAUGCCACCUGGCUUACAGAAGAGUAUUUGUAAUGCACUAUAUCGAGCAGCUAAAGAUGCCUCUAAUCCAGAGUUACUGACUGUUAGACUGGACAUGGUGCCAAAGAGUGCAGGUGAAUUGGAAGCAGAUAAACGAAAACGAGUUGAUAUCCACAUUUCAGAGAGUGAAUCUGACAGAAGCAGAUCAGCUUCUGUUGAGUUUCAAUCAGAUGGAGCUGUUAAUGUCAUACCAGAGGAAUCAGAGCCAGAAAAUGGUUCCAACUCACAAGACCCUCGAAAAAUUCAACUGCGGGACGUCCUAGGUGUAGAUCUAAUAGUUGAAUGUAUUAGCAAAUUCAAAUCUAAACCGUCAUCCAUGUACACCUUUUUAUGUGCCCAAAAUUUUCGUAGAGACGAAUUUGCCUCUCAUACCAGAAAUGUUCAUAAUGUGAUUCAACCAGGUCUCAAUGGAAUGCUUGAAGAAAGAUGUCCAUUAGCAUAUUUAGGAUGUACAUUUACUUGUAGAAAACUACGCCCCAAAUUGAAAAACAUGCAUCUCAUUCAUAGUUCUUUGUUAGAAAGUUUUGGACUGAAGUAUGCUGAAGAAGAUCAAAAUCUGUCGAACAUUGAAACUACCCCUAAUGACAGUAGAUCUAGGAGUCGUUCCAGAUCUUAUUCAGGUGAUGUGGCAGAAACUAAGAUUCCAACCAUAAAUACUGGUUUGAACUGGGAUUCUCCAGUUCGGGUGAAGUUUGAUGAGGAAUCAGUUGUUGGAGGAAAUGAGGAUCAGAAUUUUCCACUUCUGGAUUUACCAGUUGAAAUUAUAGAAUACAUUUUACUAUGUUUAGAUGGUUUUAGUAUUUGUAAUUUAGCUCUGACCUGUCAGUGGUUACGUGAUAUCUGCUGUAGCUUAUUGGACAAUCGAGGUAUAGUCACACAUGUUUGGGAAAAGAGGAAGAAAAUCUUGGAGGAUGGGAAACAAAAAAUAGAGUGGCAUAUCAAAUGCAAUAGAUGGUGCUUUACAACAGCAUUUACUCCAGUUGAUUCAUGGGAAAUAAUGGAUCAUCCUUCAAUUAGUGAUCACUUAAAAGUCUGUCAAUUCAACAAGGAUAAGAUACAAUGGGAUAAAAAGUUUUCAAUAUUUCAUCACGAUAAAGAUGGGAAGGAAAUGUCUCCUGAAGACUUAGAUACCAGGUUAAAACAAGCUUUAAAUGAAUUGAAAUCUUUUGAUGAAGCCUUUAUUUCUUUAAAUCAUCAUUGGCUGUGA